ACGAAAAAACUUACUUUUUCAGUUGGAGAAAAAACAGAUCGAACAUGGUUAAGCACCAUCUUGGAAUCACGGAUUAUGUUGUUAUAGGCGUUAUGUUAUUAAUAUCUGUAGGCAUAGGAGUUGUUGCAAAAUAUUAUGGGAGUCAAAAAUCUGCAAGAGAAUACUUAUUGGCGGGAAAACAGAUGGCAAAACUUCCUGUUAUGUUGUCAAUAAUUGCAACUGGUACUUCAUCUACAUCGUUAAUAGGUGCACCAGCCGACAUUUACAAGUAUGGUUUGGCAUUUAUUUCGUCUUUGCUUUUAUAUCCUCUGGGGUUAUAUUUGGCGUCUUCUAUCUUUAUUCCUGUGUACUACCAAUGUGGUGUAUCAACAGUCAAUGAGUUCAUAGAAAUGCGCUUUGGCAAAAUAAUGAAAUUUAUGAUAUCAACCUUCCUCCUUCUACAAUUG